AUGAACUCUCCUAUAAAAAGUGGAAAAGAAGCAAUGAAAACCACAAUAGCAUUAUUUGUGGGAUUUGUUUUUGGCAUCUUUCUAGGACUAUCGUUAACAAAGAUGAAUCUAUCAUCAAGCCUUAUCCCAUCCAUUAAUCUCAUAUAUGUUGAUGACCAAAUUUCUACCAUAUAUUCACCGUAUCUUAAAGAUGGUAGAAACUUCUCUAUCGAGCAUCACAAACUCAAUGAGACCACAAAGAUAUGGCUACCUACAAAUCCUCCGGGAGCUGAAAGGUUGCCUCCUAAAAUUGUCGAAUCUCAAUCAGAUUUUUAUCUUCGUCGAUUAUGGGGUCUACCGCAUGAGGAUCUAAGUAUGAAACCAAAGUAUCUUGUAUCUUUUACUGUUGGCUAUGACCAGAGAGACAACAUUGAUGCUGCAAUAAAGAAGUUUUCUGAGAACUUCACUAUUGUGUUAUUCCAUUAUGAUGAUCGUAUUAGUGAGUGGAAUCAGUUUGAGUGGUCAAAGAAAGCAAUUCAUAUUAGUGCUAGAAAGCAAACUAAAUGGUGGUAUGCUAAACGGUUUCUACAUCCAGACAUUGUGGCUUCAUAUGAUUAUGUCUUUAUUUGGGACGAGGAUCUUGGGUUGGAGCGUUUCGAUGCAGAGGAGUACUUGAAAAUAGUAAAGAAAUAUGGUUUAGAGAUCUCGCAACCGGGUGUAGACCGAAGUAGUGAUUAUACAUGGGAAAUGACAAGGAAAAAGGAUGGUGUAGAAGUCCAUAAGGAAGCUGAGGAGAAAGAUGGUUGGUGUUCUAAUCCACCAGUGCCACCUUGUGCUGCAUUUGUUGAGAUCAUGGCUCCUGUAUUUUCUAGAGAUGCAUGGCGUUGUGUAUGGCAUAUGAUACAGAAUGACCUAGUUCAUGGUUGGGGUCUUGAUUUUGCUCUUAGAAAAUGUGUGGAGAAUGCUCAUGAUAAAAUAGGAGUUGUUGAUACUCAAUGGAUUCUUCAUAAAAGUAUUCCCUCACUUAACAGCCAAGGGCAAGCAGAGAAUGGAAAGAAACCGUGGGAAGGGGUGAGAGAUAGGUGUCAUAAAGAAUGGAAAAUGUUCAAAGAGCGUAUGGCUAAUGCAGAAGCAGCACAAUCACAAGGUCAUAAUUCUAUGAAUUCAUAG